CGGGCGGCGGCCCCUGAACUGGCAGGAGCCCGCGGGCAGGAUGGGCCCCGUCCGGAGCAGGUGCCAGCUACCUUUGCCUUUCCCAGCCAAUAGACACUAGCUGGUGCGAUGGAUGAAGUGAUGGAGCUGCGGACGGACGGGAAUUCCCUGCUAAAGGCGGUGUGGCUAGGCAGACUCCGGCUGGCCAGACUCUUGCUGGAAGGUGGGGCCUACAUCAAUGAAAGCAAUAAGAAGGGAGAGACCGCUCUCAUGGUGGCCUGCCUCACUAAACACGUGGACCAGCAGAGUACCAGCAAAGCCCGGAUGGUGAAGUACUUGCUGGAUAACAGGGCUGAUCCCAACAUCCAGGACAAAUCCGGCAGAACAGCCCUGAUGCACGCAUGCCUCAAAGGAGCCGGGGAAGAGGUCGUUGCUCUGCUGCUGGAGAAUGGAGCAGACCCAAGCCUAGAAGAUCACUCUGGAGCAUCUGCUCUGGUUUAUGCUGUCAACGCAGAUGACAGGGACGUGCUAAAACAUCUCCUGAAAGCCUGCAAAGCUAAGGGGAAGGAGGUGAUCAUUAUAACUAUGGACAAAUCCUCGGCAGGUGCCAAACCUACCCAACAAUACCUCCACGUCCCGCCAUCACCAGAACUGGAGGAGAGGCAGGGCCCGGGCGUGUGCAUGACGCCUUUGGAGAGUGAGCUAAAAGCAUCCACUUCAGGGUCUUCAGUGGCUGCGAAGGAAGAGUCCUUCUCCCGCUUCCAUUCCGCAUGCGCCAGCGGCUGCCAGCCAGCCAAGGCCGUUCAUGAGCCCUGCUCUCCUACCAGGAAAUUCUGCAACCCCAAAAGAGCCCGUUUGCCACAGCUGAAGAGGCUGCAGUCAGAACCAUGGGGCUUGAUUGCACCUUCUGUUCUAGCCUCCUCCGCCCAUACAGAUGAGGCCAAGAAGGUGUGUACAGAUGAUGAAAUCACCCUGGGCAUCAAUGACUUAUUGCUCUCCAGAAAGGUUUCCUUACCCAGGAAUGGCAGCAGUAAGAGCAAAGACCCGUCUCUCUUCCCUUUGGUGGAUGACCAGGCUCUGAAGAUCUCACCAACUUCUGUGCCAGGAUCAAGGAAACCAUCCUAUGAAAAAGCUCAGCCCUUUCCUCAGCGCAUAGCCAGGAGGAGCGCGGUCCCCGCUGAGCUGGAGAACAUCAACUCUGCUGGCUCGGGCUCCGCACCCUUCAAAGACACCCUGCACCGGAGAAGGCUGGGCACUGCACAUUACGAUUCGGAUUCACAGCUCUACUGCGACUCCAGCUCCAUUCUGGCUGAUUCAGGGAAGGUGCCUUUGGAGAGAAAACAGCUCAACAGUUCCCAUUUGGCUUUGUUCAGUGGCUCCCAGGAAUCCCUGGACAGUGCUCCCAGCACUUCUCCUGGGAUGGUUCGCCACAGGCCACCCAAUUUGCUGGAAAGACGGGGCUCUGGAACUCUCCUGCUCGAUCACAUUUCUCAUACAAGACCAGGGCAUUUGCCUCCUUUGAAUGUAAACCCCAACCCACCAAUUCCCAACAUCGGCUCUAACAGCAAACCGUCUUCCCCGCUCGCUGGGGGCUUCAAGCCCAUGGUCCCUGCUGCUCCAAGCUCACCAAGAAGGGGCGACUGGCGAGCCAAAAAGAAGCUGCUUCGAAGACACUCGAUGCAGGUUGAGCAGAUGAAACAACUCUCCAAUUUUGAGGAAAUAGUGGCCCAGUAGUCUGUAUUUCAAUGGAUUUUCCAUGAACGUGCGCAACGUCCCUGCUCUCUCAUGCGCCGCACAGUGGGGUCCCUGCAGCUGGCACCCCCUGCUCCAGGAGGGGCAGAGCAAGGGUCUGAUUCCCACAGCCUUGCACUUUGGGGAUCUGGGCACCGGGCACCGGGGCCAAGCCAGGAGCAUUUAACACUCCCGUUGCCCAGCUGUGGAGACAACACCAAGUACAAACUGGGGAAUCAGCACCAAGUACUAAACAUGUUUCUCUGCUGCUGCCCCCAGGUCUGGGUUUGUUCGCCAGGAUGAAUCUGGUGAAGGGUUGAUUGUAGAGGAACGUAGUGUGAGACACACGAGACUUCUCCCCGAGGAACAUGAUCACCGUUCCUUCAUUCUCCAAUUCUUUGUCCUUAAUCUCUAGUCUUUCCUACCCACACGGAAACAGUCGUGGGAUUGCCAGGGCCUGUGGGGCUGGGGUAUGUCUCAAGUGCCUACAGAAACAGAGUGGAGCUUCCUGCUGCCAGGAGGAGAAAGAGCUGAGCCCCCCGACAUGCUGAACGUAUUGACAUCUGCCCUGAGCUGGAGAAGGGACACAAUUCUCUCUGCUUCCCAGAAAUUCUAGCACUUUAACUGGCCAGAUAACGGAGCAGAUCCAGUCCUGGUGACACUCCAGUGCAACCACCCAGACUGCGUGAGGGAGGAGUUUGGCCCAGCACCUUCAGAGCCACUGAGGCUGCCAGGCCAUUCCCACUGCUUGGCGGGAUGUUCUGCUGUGGGCACUGUGUUGUCUGGCGGGGGUGGAGGGGCAGCAUUUCCCAAUCUCUAGCUCGUGGGAAGGGCGGGGGCCCAGGCCAGGUGUCUUUUCUUGGGGGAGGGGCCCCGGAGUGCGGAGCAGAGCAGGGAUCAUGUAUCAGGCCGAGGACUCGUGGUGAAUUCAGCCGCGUGCUCCGCUCAAGAGGAGGUGACUGGCCAUUUAAGAAACACGCUGCUGGCUCUGUUCACAUCCAUGAGGCUCAGAGGAUUCCUACCUUGGGGCCAUCUGACUCCAGCCCCCAAAGGGCCCCCCCCGACAGCACACAGCCCUCCUGCCGCUCUUCAUGCGAGAGGCUGUGGGGAGCCCCUCGCUGGGUUCCUGGCCAGCUGCAGGGAGGUGAGUGAGGGGCUGCAGGGUCAGCCCCCACCUACUGCAUCCAUGGUGACAUAGGCAGCAAGGCCCUCACCCUCAGCUUCACUGCAGGUGCACCUGGGGCACAAAGGGGCCUCAAGCCAGUUCAGCCCAGCGCAGGGGGGCUCCUCUGGUGACAGCACAGCAGCUCCUGAUCUCUCCCUGCAGAACCCCAGCUGCCACAACAGUCCCUUGGGGCCACUGGAAGGACCAAAAAUUGGAGCAGCCUUCAGGCUGCUCUAACUCAUGCUGCGGGACCAGCCUGUUCAAGGCCAGUCUAGGCCUGGGGGAGUGUAAAGGUGCCUUGAAGCCAACACCACCACCCCUCUGAGCUGCACUGUGCAUUCUUCACCUGCAUCCAAGAACAAGGACAUUUUACUGAUCUAGCCACCCCCAUCCACUCCCAGAGUGGGGGCUGGGGCUGGUGUCACAUCAGUUUGGCAGUUACCUUCCCUGCACCAGAAGCCAAGGCUGGGAUCUUCCUAGGGCCAGCCCUUGCCCCCCAUCCCAAAAGUUGUGCUGGGAGGUAACAGGGACAGACCUGAGCUAGUGCAGUGAGGGGCUGGAGCUGCAGCUGUACUGCUGCAGGGGGAGGGGCAGCAAGGGACACCCCUACAAAAGGAGUGCCCCAGAGAGCUGUUCUUGCAGCCUAUUCCUAGCCUUGACCUUGAGCAAGUGAACAUGGGUACAUAGCCAUAUGUGGUAGAGUCCAUGCAGCCAGCUGGGCCCCCAUUCUGCUGCCGGCUCUGCACGGGCAUCCCGUUACAGGAUGAGGCCGAAAGAAAUACCAGAUGGCAGCUGCAAUGUCAGGACAGCAAGGCCGGGGGCAGGUAACCCCAUCUCAGCACUCUGCAUUCCCCAGCUCGCGGAAGCAUUUCUCCCCAUCUGCUAGUGGGGUGGAUAUGGAUGGGCGAGCGGAUUGGUUUGGCCUGUAGGUGCUGAAGCUGUUACUAACCUCAGCUAAACCUACCCUACCAGAACCUCUGCUGGAGAGGAAACGCAGCCCGAAAACUCACUCUAAUCCUGGGGUUGAUGGUUUGGAUGGUUCAGCUCCCUUAAACACGUGUCACGAGUUUACCCCCACUCAGGAGAAUGGCCACAGGCUUAGAUACAGUAACUCCUCACUUAAAGUCGUCCCAGUUAACAUUGUUCCGUUGCUGAUCAGUUAGGGAACAUGAUCA